GGUGGGUAGCAACGUUCGCGAAAACGUGCCACGGAGAAACACGUUCAAGUUGUCUCUUCUUCGUAGAUGCGGCAUAACCGCCGCCUCUUCGAAUCCUCUAGAGGGCAAACAGGGAAGCGUCCGAUACUUCAAUUCCUGUUUUAUGGCCCCCAUACCCCUAGCGCCGCGACCACCGGACAGUCACGGCCCAUCAUAGUAUUUUGUGUAGAUUCUACGCGCAGCCGCCAAAACACAGACCCGGCACCAUUGUUUCGCUCACCUUGGGAACUUGUGUUCGGUUCCGGGCCAGGGUUGUAG